AUGGUAUUGAGCCCAGGCCUUUUGUUGUUGGUCUUCGUACUGGGUCUGGUUGUGACCCUUCCAACUCUGGCUCAGGAUGAUUCCAGGUACAAAAAAUUCCUGACUCAGCACUAUGACGCCAAGGCAAAGGGCCGGGAUGACAGAUACUAUGAAAGAACAAUGAAGGAAAGACAGCUAACCUCGCCCUGCAAAGAAGUCAACACCUUUAUUCAUGACACCAUGAACAACAUCAAGGCUAUCUGUGGAAGGGAUGGAAGCCCUUACAAUGAAGAUUUAAGAAUAAGCAAUGCUUCCUUCCAGGUCACCACUUGCACGCACCACGGAGGGUCUUCCCGACCUCCCUGCCGGUACCGAGCCUCCAAAGGGUCCAGACGUAUUGUUAUUGCAUGUGAGAAAGGCUUUCCCAUCCACUUGAAUGAGAAAAGUUAUCAAUCUGUAGUCAGCAGGCCCCUGGCACAAACCUAG